UUCUACCAGUUUGGAAGAAAGAAGAAUUGUUACAGCAGGCCAGUUUUUGAGGAUAAGCCCAAGCGAUAUCGUAAGCUAAGUCACGGAGGCAAUGCAGCCAACUUUUUGGAAAAUCAUGGUUUUGGGUGGUUGCUGGAAAUUGAUGAGGAUGAAGAUGAGCAGAAACCAUUACUAGAAGAGUUGGAUAUUGAUUUCAAAGAAAUAUAUUAUAAGGUUAGAUGUGUUUUAUUGCCGUUGCCGUAUUUUCGUUUAAAACUGAGUAUUGUGCGGGAAUCUCCUGACUUUUGGGGCCCAUUGCUUGUGGUUUUAACAUAUGGAUUGCUCUCGUUGUAUGGACAAUUAAGUGUUUUAUCAUGGAUCUUGACUAUGUGGUUCAGUGGGUCAUUUUUUAUUUUUUUCUUGGCUCGUGUUCUGGGUGGCGAUGUUAGUUACAGUCAAGUGCUUGGCGUUGUUGGAUAUUGUUUGAUGCCAAUCGUUGCUGUCGGCUUGUUUAUACCGUUAUUUUCUUCUUGCAGAUUGCGCUUUUUCAAAUUCUUAUUGUCAUGCUUCGGCGUUGUUUGGUCCGUUUAUAGUGCAGGAGCUUUGCUGUGUGUAGAGGAGUUACAGGAAAAGCGGAGUUUGCUGCUGUAUCCUGUUUUACUUCUUUAUAUAUAUUUCCUUUCGCUUUAUACAGGUGUUUGA